CCGGUAUCGAAGUAUUAUUUCGAAAAGGCAGAGCACGCACUUACUUUGCAAAAGCGGAUAAAGUGCCUUAUUCUUGGCUUCUGGAAGGAGGAAGACCAUGGCCGCCUUUGGAUAAGGGCACCUCCAGGAAUGAAUGCUAAUGAUAUUGUGAAGCCAAAAAUGGAUGAUUUUGUAAAAAUUCUUAUAAGCAGCAUAAUAGAAAGUCAAAAUGGCAGAUAUUGAGGAAGAUGCUAGUUCAGACUCUAAUAGCGAGCGGGAUUCUUCAGAGUAUGGUUCUGAUGACGAGUUUGACGGUGAAGAAGUUUUAGGGGAUGAUGAAGAUUUAUCUGAGGAAGAAGAUGAAGAUAUGGACAUCGAUCGAAAUGUGCAAGACGCAGAUAGGCAAGAUGGACAAAUCAAUAAUGAUGUUAACAUGCCAGCUGGAAGACAAGUCGAAGAAAUCCACGUUAGAAACAAUGAACCAAGAGAAAAUGCAACAGAGACAUUAUUUAGGGGUAUUAUACUAUUGGUAUGCGCGUCCCAUUACAAAGUGCAGAACAGUUAGCAGCCAUUGACCAUUUUAUAGUAGCAUCAGCACAGGCAGUGCGACACAAUGACACUUACGAACGCUUAAUGGACAAUUUCAGAUGGCUAAAAAAAUCAUUUCGGUUUAUUAAUAUACCGACAACUAAAAACGCCUUAUGGAAUGUACUUGGUCGAACAGGG